GCGCCCAGGCUCUGCGCCCGCCAUGGAGUCUCCUGGCUGUCGGAGCGAGUCCGGCCCGGCUCCCUCGCCCGCGGAGUCAACGCCGGCCUCGGUGACACUUGCGCAGCUCCUGCAGCUGGUCCAGGAGGGCCAGGAGCUCCCCGGCCUGGAGAGGCGCCAGGUCGCGGCGACCCUUGACGAACCCACGGCGUCCCGACUCCCGCGGAGACCCAAGCCCUGGGAGGCCGCGCGCUCCGCGGAGCACCCAGCGCCACAGUUCCAGACUGGGGACGGUGGGCAGAGGAGCCGCCUGGAGGAGCCUGGCUCGGCCGUUUCUGAGGCUCGAGGUCCUUUGCAGCAGUGAAUGAAAAAUUUUGCUGCCCUGUCGACAAAGGACGCUGCAGCCACCCAUCCGCCAGUACUGCAGCCCCAAGGGACAACCCCCAGAAUGAAGGAAAUUGGCCUGACUACUACUGAGCCCUCAACCACUGCAGAUACUCCUAACCGUACACCCAGAGGUGCCUGCGGAUAGGAAAGAAUAAGAUACUGGCCUUGGAUAGCUAAGGUUCAUAGCAAAGGAAUGAUUUUAGUGAGCCCGGACUCUUAUGACUUCCUAUGCAUGAGAAAAGCUAAACUCCUUAACGUGAGCUGUCUUGGUUUGCUUUAACAGUAAUCUUUUGAUGGUCUGACUACCCGGUUUUUUUGCAAAACUCUUGUAUAUCCUACACAGCAGUCCCUCAGAGCUAUGUGAGGCUGCCUCCUGGGUUUGAGUUCUCAGUCUGCCAAAUAAAACUAUUUUCCACUUUUA